AUGUCCGGCCAAGCACUCCUUCCACCUUAGAAGACAAGCCAUAGAAUCUGAACUACGCCUCCAAGUGAGCAAAGCAGUUAUCGGAUGGUAUUUGGUAGUUGUGAAUUCUGUCAUCUUCCUUGGUCACUGGCACCACAUUGACUGAAAUCUCAGCAAUCUCUGGCAGGGUGACCGAGACACUGUUCUUUUCUGACGUUCUCUCAACCAUGAUGCUCUUUUCUUGGGAUUCCCAUGAAGAGAAAUGGCCUUCAGGUAUGAGAAGCUCCUUUCUAUCGUAAGUAAACUUGAGAUGGUCAGCUUCUUCAUCCCAUGUUGCUGCAGGGGUGGCCUCAAGGGAGAAUGCAUGGGAGUCAAAGAGCAAACCAAGAGCUUGGAGCCAGGUCUAGUCCCGGGUUCUGCCUACUGGGCGGAGGCCGAUGAAACGUGCAUUGAUUUGCAGGUUUAGAUCAGACACCAAGCCGAAGUGCUCAUUGCUUUUGCCAUGGAAGUAAAAAAACAAUUCCAUCUCCACCAAUGAAUCUGGGGUCCAAACAGGCUGCUUCAGGGCCAUUGCAGUUUGGCUUCCGAUCUAUGAAAACAAUACACUGUUAGCCUUCAGGAUUUAAGAAAAGACGUUACAUGGAAAUGGUUAUUAAAAAAGAGUUCUUACGCUUGCACUCGGCCUUGCAAAUGGGCGAAUCACAGUUGAUGUAGCAAACCUUGGCUUUGGGAUCAUUGGGUUUUAUUGAUGGACAUUCAGCAGGGCAGGUUAUCCGCUUGAGAAAGCAGGGACUCUUGCGGCUGACACAAGUCCUGGUCUAAGCUGCAUGGAUCUGCACUGCAAAUGAUACAAAGAGCAGAAUAAUAAUGAACAAGCAAUGGCUGU